GUGUGUGCGAGCUAGCACUCCGGAAGAGAGACUGCGUCGUGAACAACCAGUGCUGUAGGUUGGCCCUGCCCAACUCAGGAAACCGGGAAUUCUGGAGCGAUACAGUUUCCGACUGGAUCGAUUACAAGCUCCAGAGAAACGGCACCUGCGAUUUCAGUCACUUAAUGACAUGUGUGGAGGAACCGAUACCAAGCUGUUCGCAUUCGUCAUCGGUGAUGUGCCCUGGGUAG